CACGGGCGCGCCACCGCAGAGUGAGUCGCGUCCCGGAAGCGACGGCGGUGGAGGGGCAGACGGUUCCCGGGUGGACCUGCGACUUCGGAGCGUCGGUGGGAGGUGGCGUGGCGUGGCGUGGGGUGGGGCGGGCCUGGCCUGAGGGACCGCUCCGGGGCUUGGUGGCCCUUCUGUCCCCCUGGCCGUUCCUGUCUCUUCCUUUCCUGGGACAGCGUCCGGAAUGCAGACUUCGGAUCGGGACCUGAGUGGGCCGGAGGCGAGCCCCAGCGGGAUGCCUGAGGUUCUCUCUGAGUGUCCACCUGCCCCUACCAAGUCAGCAGCGUUUGAUCUCUUCAACCUGGUCCUGUCCUACAAGAGGCUGGAGAUCUACCUGGAACCCCUGAAGGAUGCAGGGGACGGUGUUCGAUACUUGCUAAGGUGGCAGAUGCCUUUGUGUUCCUUGCUGACUUGCCUGGGCCUCAACAUCUUGUUCCUCACUUUGAACGAGGGUGCGUGGUACUCCAUGGGUGCCUUGAUGAUCUCGGUGCCUGCCCUACUGGGCUACCUUCAGGAGGUGUGCCGGGGACAGCUGCCAGAGUCGGAGCUGAUGCGGAGGAAGUACCACAGCAUAAGGCAGGAAGACCUGCAGAGAGUUCGCCUUUCCCGAGUGCACCUUUCCCGCCCUGAGGCUGUUGCUGAGGUGAAGAGCUUCUUGAUCCAACUGGAAGCCUUCUUGGCCCGCCUGUGCUAUACCUGCGAGUCAGCCUACCGUGUACUUCACUGGGAGAACCCCGUGGUGUCCUCACAGUUCUAUGGCGCUCUUCUGGGCAUGGUGUGCAUGCUCUACCUGCUACCGCUCUGCUGGGUCCUCGCCCUGUUAAAUAGCACACUCUUCCUGGGAAAUGGGGACUUCUUCCGAGUGGUGUGUGAGUACAGGGCCUGCCUGCAGCGGAGGAUGAACCCCCGGCAGGAAGAGUGUGCCUGUGAGAGCUCAGCACUGCAGGGGGCCGGAGGGAGGGGCCUGCUGGACAGCUCGCCUGCCCCCACACCCACCGAGGACCUCACGCCAGGCAGUGUGGAGGAAGCUGAGGAGGCUGAGCCAGAUGAGGAGUUCAAAGAUGCAAUUGAGGAGACCCACCUGGUGGUGCUGGAGGAUGAAGAGGGCACCCCGUGCCCAGCAGAGGAUGAGCUGACCCUGCAGGACAAUGGAUUCCUCAGCAAGAAUGAGGUGCUGCGCAGCAAGGUGUCCCGGCUUACAGAGCGGCUUCGCAAGCGUUACCCAACCAAUAACUUCGGGAAUUGUGCAGGCUGUGCCGCUACGUUCUCCGUGCUGAAGAAGAGGCGGAGCUGCAGCAACUGUGGGAACAGCUUCUGCUCGCGGUGUUGCUCCUUCAAGGUGCCCAGGUCCUCUAUGGGAGCCACAGCUCCUGAAGCCCAGAGAGAGACUGUGUGUGUGUGCGCCUCCUGCAAUCAGACCCUGAGCAAAUGAGAAGAGAAGCCAGGCUCCAACUGUCCUGGGGCCAGCAGUGACCCUACUGUCCCAACUCUGGGCCUCUGAGGCCUGUGCUGGGCAAACGUAGCCUGACAGCUAGGUCCUUCCUGCCCUUCCCCUGCUGCCUCCAGCUGGGCUGGUGAUGCUCUAAGGCCCAGGGGGAGAGGAGCCCCUGGGGUCCCGGCUCUUGGUUCUGCUCUAUCCUAUACCCUGUUAACUCAGGGCUAGCGAGGGAGUGUCCACCAGAGGGCAGAAUUGAGCACAGCCUGCUCUCAUCUGGGCUCUGGUCGUCAAGGUCAGGCUGGCUAGACCUUAGGAUCCAAGAGACUUGAGGUUGGAAAAGAGGUUCUUCCCUGUUGGGUACUUGUCAGUCUCUCAGCCCCAGAGAGCCUGCGAGGGGACUUAGAGCUCCAUGGCCUGCCUUUGCCUUUUGAAUAGCCUCAGGACUGGCGUUCCCAGGUGUCCCAAGGAGAGGGAAGGUGAGGGUGCUGCUCAAGUCCUUCAGUGUCAAGUGGAUGGCAGGAUGGGGAAGCUCUGCUUACAGAAUCUUAACUCCCAUGGUUCUCUGGUGUCCUCAGCCCUGCUGGGGUGGCUACAGGACCCUCACAUCACUCUUCCAUCCUGCUCUGAGUCUAGGGCACCCCACCUUUCUCCCACUGCCACAUAUCUCUAGCCCUUAUCUCAUGGAACAUGCGGCCAGGUGAGUGGAGCAGAGAGACUGCAAGCCUUUGAGGUCCAGGGACGUGUAGGACUGCCCGGAUUUCAGGGCUGUUCCUGGAGUAGAGAUAGCAUUGUAGGAUAGGGUCAGUCACAUGGCCAGUUUUAUGUUCCCUCUGACCUGCCAAGGGUGCUGUGCCUCUUCUUAAGCCAUGAGCUGGCUCAGGCCCCUUCCCCUGGAGCUUUUUCAGAGUAUUUAUUUAUUUAUUUCAUGGUUCCUGAGAGCACGCAGCACAGGGUAGGAUGAAGAAGACAAGGGGCUUCUGCCUGAGACCCUUCUGCAGUCAUGGACUGCCCUUGGAGCUGAUCUUCAGGAACUGUUUCUGCUGCCCAGUCAUGGGUGUGGUGCCCACACCUGAACCAUUUGAGGUCCUCCUUGCUGAUAGGCCACACACACACAGCAGUAGAGCACUGAGGGUUUGGCAGUGGGGACCAAGCAGGUGAGGUGUACUCCUUUGUCCUGGUGAGAGAUGCUCACCUCUGCGUAUUUAUACUGUAGAGCAGUAGACAGGAACGCUGUGGAGAAUUGUCAAUAAAAGGCCCCAUGCUUAUGGUUUUGUCAGGUCUCCUAGUGCUGUUCAGGUCUUUCAUGUUGCCCAGGGUGGGCUGUAGGUGGGCUUUGCACACCUCCUGUGGCAAUUCGUGAGCCAGCCAGGCCCAGUGGAAAGCUGUGCCUUAUCAACAGGAGGGGUGGGCUUUAUCUUGUGACCAGACCCACGGUCUUGGAUUGAGGUUGGGACCAGAACUUAACUAUAAAUAAUGCAGGCUUCAGAAUGGAAAGGUUUUAGCUAAUCCUCUGGGAAAGACAGAAAGGCCAGCGCUGCAGGAGGCUGAGAGCUGGUAAGCAGGUUUCUGGUGGGGUGAGGUGCAAGUUGGCCCUGUGAUCAGGCUAGGCUGGAGCUGGGCACUGCACACAUUAUGUUAGCGCUGGCACCAAGCUCAUGAGGUAGGCUCUGUUUUCCACAUGGUAAGGCCGGCAGUGCACAGCAGCAGCACUGUGAGCCAGCUCUGAGCUCAGCCCCACCUACCAAGGACCCAUGUGCUAUCAUCCUGUAGCCUUUAGAAAGAAUGCACAUCUGUCCUGUGUCCUUAUAGCAAAAGCCACUGCUGCCUCCUCUUCCUCCUCUCCCUCCUCUUCUUCCACCACCUCCUUCAACAAAGAAUGAUUUUAACUUUUUUUUUUUUUUUUUUUUUUUAAGGUAUCAGGCCAUCUUAUUGAAAGGUGACUGUGUAGCCGGGCGUGGUAGCGCAUGCCUUUAAUCCCAGGAUUUGGGAGGCAGAGGCAGGCGGAUUUCUGAGUUCAAGGUCAGCCUGGUCUACAAAGUGAGUUCCAGGACAGCCAGGGCUACAGAGAAACCCUGUCUUGAAAAACCGAAAAACAAAACAAAGCAAAAGGUGACUGUCACUGCUGAAAAAGGCUGGCUGUAGUCACAGAUGUGAGACAGGGGGCUUGCCUUUUUUGUUUCCUGGAGGUCCCUGUGAGAACAGGUGGGGAGGCUGUCUUCAGAUGCAGGUUCCUCUUAAGAGAGCAGAGCUAACAGGGUUCAGCAAGGUUGGUGAUGGUGUCACCAUGGAGCCUGUGGUACAGAGAUCUCAAUGUGGAAUGAUAGACAGCUUGCACGUUGUAGAAUUGGAUGUCUGUGUCAAAAUACACCUUCCAAUUUGCUGGUACCCAGGAACAGAGACAGAGAGCCAGGUUGUGUUAGAGUCCUGGCAUGUGGCAGGGCAGGUUUGGAACUCUGGCAUCUAGCCUGACUUGGGCUCAGGUCUGUUGAGUCUUUUGUGGUCUAGUAUGUGGAUGUCUUCAGAAGGUCUUGGCAGACCUGGAAUAGGUGAUGAUUUUGGGGUGUUUUCUGUAGCCCCUGGGGCUGAAGCCAAAUGAAUCUCCUUUUUCAGAGAUCUGUGUCUCUUCUCACAGCUGGCCCUGUUCACAGGUCAUCCUGCCAGGGACUAUACCUAGCCAGUAGCUCAUGUCUUACAGUGUCACAGUUUGUCUAGUUCUUGGAUAUUCUAAAUAGGUAAAUAGAGGUACUGGGGUGGGGGGUGUUAAGUUCCCCACCCAAAGUGGAGUGGGAAACACUUGUGUUACAAGUGUUCAUAGCAGCUAUGGUCUAAGAAGCCUUGGGUAAAGGCCAUGUUCUGGUCCCCACUCUCUAAGGAGCUAGCCACUGAGCUAACAGACUGGUCUGCCCCACCCCCACCCUCUUAGCACCAUCCCCCUUCAGUCUCUACCAGAACAGAAGUGGCCUUGUGGCUGGAGCCCCCACCUUCCCUAGCUCCCAGUGACCCCACCUCCUGCCAGCAACACCCCAGCAGCACAUUCCAUUCUCUGGCACUGCUGGUGGCUGGGGAUUCCGGGCUCCUUUGGCGGUGAGCCUUCUUUGGGGCUCCAGCAGAGGCUGUUUGGGCUGGGACACUAGGCUCCAGCCACACACAUUCCAGCAACAAACACCCCCCACAUUAGAUUUCCCAAGGAGUGAACUUUAGCCAGGAUUACAGAUGGCUGCACAGUUGUGGGAUGUGAGCUUGCUUUGUGCAGACCUGAGGCUGGAUGCUAGUAGGGGUGAAAAGGAAUGGGUGGGAGCGGCAGGCUUCUCUGCUGCUGCCUGGGCUCUUGUAGCAUCACGGAAGCAGCUGAAGGCAGCCUUUGAGAUUGCCUGUCCCGUCCUAUCUCACCUCUGUAGAAGGUGGUAAUAGUCCUCAGACUUUUAAGCUGUAGGCUGUGAUUCCGUGUGGUAUCCCGUAACUGCAUGUGAGGAUUGGGAAAAGUUUGGUGACAGUAAAAGGCUAUCAGACACCGAGCAACUAAAAAACAAUUCAAAACCAAACUUGAAAAUCAGUUGGAGGUGUUUGUGGAGUCCUGUCCUGAGCAUCGCAGUCUUGGUUCUGAACACACAACAGGCACCCUGUGCCCUCUGCCUCCCCUCCUGCCACACAGCCAGUGAACACUCCUUGAAUCACACAGAUGUGAGACCACUGCAUAUUGUGAACUGCAGUGUUUUUACUGUCCAGUCAGCUCCUGCUUUUACAGGAACACAAUGGCUUACAGAAAAUAAGGACAUACUAUUGCCCUGCUUGCAUGUAAAUAUCAAAAAAGUACAUCUUUGCAUCACAUUAUAUUGGAAUACUUGAUUUUAAAAAUUAAUGUUUGUGGACUAGUGAGAUGACUCAUUAGGUAAGUCCUGGUCACAUGGGCUGGACCCCUGAAUUUGAUCCCUGGAACCUGUGUUAAAAAGCCUGAUGUGUUGCGUCUGUAGUCUCAGUGUUCCUAUAGCAAGAUGGGAAGAGACAAGAGGAUUGCUCUGGAGUGUGCAGGAGGCUGGCAUAAACCGGAGACUGCCUCAAGAAGAUUGAAGGACAGAAGCAGUUCCUCUGGCAUCUACACUGUAGCACAAGUAAUAACAAAAAUUAAAAAAGAAGUGGAAA